CCUAUCAAACCAGACACCUCUUUUGGUGGCUGCUGGUCACGUUCCACGCCUGCCGGUUGGAGCGAGGGCCCGCCAGGCGCAGGAGACCUUCCACUCCUUGCGCUUUGGCACUCGACGCAGCCCUGAGCCCCGGCAAUGAAAUGAUCUCACUGUUGGUGAACCAGAGGCACGGUGGAUGACGCCAUCCAUCCGUGUCAGUCCUACAGCCAUUGUUCUUGUUAGAUCAGGUGUGGAGGCCUAUGGAACGUGCUUUGGCCAUGUACUGAUGGGUGCUUUGUGGAAGCAUCCCGCUGACAUCUCAACGAAGCAGCUGAGAGGGACGUCCGUCGAGGACUAUGGAGUCCAUGCGACACGCCUCGAGGAGGUACUUGAGAAGUUCUGGAAGGUCGAGCAGCCUCCAGAGGAUCCGGUGGAGCAUCCGGAGCAUGUCGAAUGUGAAAGGUUGUAUACCUCCAAUACUACACGUAUGCCUGACGGCAAAUACAUGGUACGGCUGCCCUUAUUGACAGACAGACCCGCACUCGGUGAGUCGAGGGCCAUUGCCGCACGCAGGUUUUAUUCAUUAGAGGCGAAGCUAGCCAAGAAUCCAGUCUUUGCUGAGAAAUACAGGAAUUUCAUGCGAGAAUAUGAGUCAUUAGGACAUAUGUCGAAAUCAAACUAUCAAUUUGAUUCAGAACACUUUAUAAUUCCACAUCAUGGUAUUUUUAAGAGGGAUUCUGAUAAGCUCAGAGUGGUAUUCAAUGGGGCAUCUCAAAGUAGCAAUGGAAUAUCUGUAAAUCAGUGUCUUCACUCAGGAAAGCCGCUCCAGAAUGAUAUUACCAAGAUAUUGUUGAAUUUCAGACGACAUCAGUUUGUCUUCACGGCCGACAUCCGCAUGAUGUUCAGGCAGACGUGGAUACACCCCGACGAUAGGCGCUAUCAGCUGAUCCUGUGGCGUGAGGAUCCGUCGCAGGACCUACAGGUAUAUGAGUUAAAUACUAAUACCUACGGGCUACGGUCAAGCCCCUUUGUCGCAAUAAGGACGCUAAUACAAUUAGCCAAUGAUUGGCAAGCUCAGCAUCCAGGCUCCCCAGCUGCAGACGUCGUGCGACGGCAGGUAUAUGUUGAUGACGUACUGGCGGGAGCAGAGUCAAUUGCGGAGGCCCAGCAGCUAAAAUCGGAGCUCACAGAUCUCAUGAGCAGUGCUGGGUAUGAACUUAGAAAAUGGUCGUCCAACUGUCGCGAGUUACUGCAGGACCUACCACAGGAAUAUUGUGAGAUACCUCAUCAAUUCGACGCAGAAGAUAAGAGCCUCAUAAAGGUAUUAGGCAUCCAAUGGAACCCGAUAAACGACACAAUGUCAUAUCAAAUCAACGUACCCCUAGGGCAAGCGAUAACCAAGCGAAGCGUGUUAAGUACUAUCGCUCGAUUAUAUGAUCCUUGUGGAUACUGUGCUCCCAUCGUCUACAGAUUCAAACUGUUUAUGCAAUCACUUUUUUCAGAUGGAAUGACGUGGGAUGAACCCCUCACGGAGGUUCAAGAAAGUCAAUGGAACGAAAUGGUUCAGGAUUUAAACCAUUUGUCUCACUUACAGAUCUCUCGAUGCGUCGCGCUACCGGGAUCGGUAUCAUAUUCACUCCACGGUUUUGGAGAUGCGUCUGAGAUGGGCUACGGAGCGUGCGUAUACCUCCGGACAGCAGACGCCGCUGGAAACGUCAUGGUACGACUAAUUAUAGCUAAGACUAGAGUUGCGUCGAAAAAGACCAAGCAAACCAUUCCAAAGAAUGAGCUAAACGCGGCUCAUAUGGUUUAUAAAUUGCUGAAUCACGCCGCAGCGGCCUAUGAAGAUGAACUUGAUAUUGACAGCAUAAAUGCAUGGUCCGAUAGCAAGAUAACGUUGUGUUGGUUAAACACUAAGCCACACCUGCUCCAAACAUUUGAAUGUAAUAGAGUACAAGACAUUCAACAGUCGAAGCGACUAAUGACAUGGCGCUAUGUCCGGGGUGAGUUGAACCCGGCCGACGUCGCGUCGCGGGGAACCACAGCGAAAAGGCUCCUCAAGUGCAAGCUGUGGUGGUCACCAGACUGGCUACUCGAGGAGGAAUCUCAGUGGCCAACGAUGCCAGUCACCAUGUCACCUGAGCUGCCAGGGUUCAAACAAUUGGUACAUGUCGUCGCUGAAGAGCAGUCAUGGGAAGACUGCCUACUAUCCAGAGUGAGCUCUUAUAGUAAGCUCAUAAAUGUAACGUCAUACAUUUUACGGUUUUGCAAGAAUAUUCGUUUGCCGAAGCAGCAACGAAACUUGAACCAGACCCUGUCUAUAGAUGAAAAUCGUGCCGCUACGAGCCACUGGAUCAAGAAGGUCCAGUUGGAUGCAUACAAGGAUGAAGCCAUCUUACUGAAAAAAGGAAAAUUAGUAUGCAAGUCUCUCCAGAAAUUAAGCGUCUUCGUAGAUGAAGACCAGUUUAUUCGAGUCGGCGGCCGACUCCGUAAUUCAAGCCUGCGCUAUGAAGCGAAGCACCCAUUGCUUAUUCCGAAGGAUCAUAGAUGGACUCAGUUGUUGAUGCAACAUUAUCACCGAAUACAUUGUCACGCAUCGACAAGUGCGCUGAUUAAUAUAUUGAGACAGCGGUAUUGGAUCCCGUCAGCGAGACGUCAGGUUGCUCGCGUCAUCCACAGCUGUACACCAUGCUUCAGGUUCAGCGCGACCGAGCAGGCGCCGUUCAUGGCCGACCUGCCCGCCGACCGUGUCACGGCCGCGCGUCCAUUUUCCGGCGUUGCAACGGAUUUUGCUGGCCCUUAUCUGGUUAAGGCCAGCCAACUUAGGAAUGCUAAAUCAGUUAAAGCUUACCUGUGUGUUUUUGUAUGCCUAGGUACCAAGGCCGUGCAUCUAGAGCUCGUCUCGUCGCUGAGCACCGAGGCUUUCAUCGCUGCGUUCACACGGUUUGUCAGUCGACGAGGGCUGCCCUCCCUCGUCCGUAGUGAUCAAGGUACGAAUUUUAAAGGUGCUAGCUCAUACCUCCGUGAGGUUAAUCAGUUCUUACUUGACCAUGAAACCGUCCUGGCGGAUGAGUUUCGUCGUCAAGACGUGCGCUGGGAAUUCAACCCUCCAGGCGCUGCCCACAUGUCUGGAUUAGUCGAAGCGGCCGUAAAGAGUAGUAAGAAUCUGCUUAAACGGGAAAUAGGAGAUCGGAUCCUAACCUUUGAAUUACUGUAUACGGCCUUCUGUCGGAUAGAAGCGGUUCUUAAUUCUCGAGCGCUGGUUCCAAUGUCAGAGGAUCCUUGUGACCUGGAAAUUCUCAGUCCAGGUCAUUUUUUGAUUGGUCAGCCGUUAGUUUCAUUACCUGAACCUUCAUGGAAGGACACAAAUAUGUCACGGUUAUCACAUUUCCAAUUUGUACAAGCUAUAACUCAGAAAUUUUGGGCUAAAUAUUAUUUUGAGUAUUUGAACAAUUUACAAUCACGUAAUAAAUGGAAUAGGCAUGUACCUAAUGUUGCAAUUAAUGAUUUAGUCCUAAUUAAAGAUGACAAUACGCCACCUCUACAAUGGCGUAGGGGUAGAGUAAUACAAAUAUUCAAAGGAUCCGACGAUGUUGUCAGAUCGGUAAAAUUAAAAACUCAGGAGGCGAACUCGUUCGUCCUGUUGUUAAAUUAUGUAAAUUGCCCAUGGAACUGUAAUUAAUCAUAAGGAGUAAUUCAUUAUAAAUGUAAAUUGAAAUAUUGCUACUAACGUAUGUCUGUUUGAGUUCCACCAGGGAACCAUUGUAACUAACAACCUAGUAAAUAGUUUACCUUAAGUUUAAUUUCACUGAUGUAAAAAUUGUGUGAAGAUGUAUCUAAUGGUCACAGAUCACUUCUUGCUAGAUGCCACAUGUAGUAUUUGUAUCUGAAUUUUUAAUUUGUUUGUUUUGUUCACUUGAUCUCUAGAACGAGACAAUUGAACAGCUUCAAGUCUUCAGGUCAAUCUCCCCCCUGGGGGCCCCAGGAUGUUCAUGCAAUUCGAAGCGCAAUGGCGUUCCGCGCGCCAUCUAGCGAGGCUAGUUGUAACUACGAAGUAUCGAGCGACAUCAUUGGUCGUGAUUCAGUAUUGGCUAAUAUAGCAGUGAGUGCUGCCUCUCGCGGCGAGAGUUGAAGUUUGGAGUUGACCUGUGAGCUUGUAAGAACAAGCACGGUAAAAAUGCGUUGAGAACGAUUUGUAUAAGUUUGCUGUUUUUGUAUCGCGACGCGCGUUAAAAUAGUGUCUAAGGUGUAACUCGUUGCAUUAAAAUAAGUGUUAGUUGA